CUGACGCGCAGGCGCAGUAGCCGGGCGACGGAGCGUGUGUUUCCAAAAUGGCGGCAGCGAUGGAUGUGGAUACCCCGAGCGGCACGAACAGCGGCGCGGGCAAGAAGCGCUUUGAAGUGAAAAAGUGGAAUGCGGUCGCUCUCUGGGCCUGGGAUAUUGUGGUUGAUAACUGUGCCAUCUGCCGGAACCACAUUAUGGAUCUUUGCAUAGAGUGUCAAGCCAACCAGGCGUCUGCUACUUCUGAAGAGUGCACCGUUGCGUGGGGAGUCUGUAACCAUGCUUUUCACUUCCACUGCAUCUCCCGCUGGCUCAAAACACGGCAGGUGUGUCCGUUGGACAACAGAGAGUGGGAAUUUCAAAAGUAUGGGCACUAGAAAAAGAGAAUUCUUCCAUCAGGCUCAACUGUUUCAUUAGCCAUUUAAUGAUUUGCCCUCCUGUUACUUAAUUAUAGAUUAGAUAGAACCGUGUUUUUUCUGCUUUGUCUUUUCAGUUUGCUACUCCUGCACCCAUACUGUAUUCUGUGUCAAAUAAAAUCCAGUUGGAUUCUGGAA